UUGCCAUCAUUCACUGCCUGAUUAACCAUCAACAUGAAAGUAUUCCUUAUCCUGGCUCUGGCUAUCGCCUCCGCUUCCGCUUCCGCAGGCUUCCUGCCUCAGGCCAAGUUUUUGCAUCCUCGUGACAGGACCGGUGCUCCUUCCAUCAGUGGACGCAUCACCAAUGGAAACACCGCAGUCGCCGAUCAGUUCCCCUACCAGGUGGGACUCAGCUUCUCCAGCUCCGAAGGAGGUUGGUGGUGCGGUGGCUCGAUUAUUGCCAACAACUUUGUGCUAACAGCUGCCCACUGCACCAGCGGAGCCUCUUCCGCUGUUAUCUACUAUGGAGCCACCGUGCGCACCAGCCCGAAGUUCACCCAAACCGUUUCUAGCUCGGACUUCAUCCAGCACGCCAACUACAUCUCGCUGACUGUCCGGAACGACAUCUCCCUGAUCAAGACUCCCGCCGUCACCUUCUCCUCUUCCGUCAACAAGAUCGCUCUGCCCGCCAUCGCUAGCAGCUACUCCACCUACGUUGGCCAGACUGCUGUUGCCUCUGGAUGGGGCCUGACUUCCGAUUCCGCCACUGCCGUCGCCAGGAACCUGCAGUUCACCGACCUGACUGUCAUUUCCAACUCCGAAUGCUUAAAGUCCUUCUCCAGUCUGAUUGUCACCAGCCGUGUCAUCUGCGUGGCCACUCCCGAUGCCCAUUCCACCUGCCAGGGUGAUUCUGGUGGUCCUCUUGCUCUCGACGGCACUCUGAUCGGCAUCACCUCCUUCGGAUCCCCUGACGGCUGCGAGGUUGGAGCCCCGGCUGCAUUCACCCGUGUUACCAGUUACUUGGACUGGAUCAAGGCCAACUCCGGCGUUGAAGCCUAAAACUACUUUCGAUUUGGUUUUCUAAAUAAAGCGCAUCAGAAAAAUCUUCGAACUCA